GCCAAUCACAUUAGGUGCAGUGUAUUUGAACGGUGAAAAGCGGGCUUGCCAUCAUUCGAGAGGGAAACAAAGAAGCUGGACACAUCCCGCUGCUCUCGCGCACAAAAAGCUGGAAUAUCUGACAUUUUCGACAUCGCCACACAUUGUCAAUUCAUAAGAUUUCCGUCAUGUCUCACAAACAGAUCUACUACUCUGACAAAUAUGACGAUGAAAGAUACGAGUACAGACAUGUAAUGCUGCCCAAAGACAUUGCGAAGCGUGUGCCCAAAACUCAUUUGAUGUCGGAGACCGAGUGGAGGAACCUGGGUGUCCAACAGAGCCAAGGAUGGGUGCAUUACAUGAUUCAUCAGCCAGAGCCACACAUCUUGCUGUUCCGACGCCUUCUGCCCAUCCCAAAAGCAUAAGUGAGCGAUCCUCUGGGUCCUUGGGAAGAUCAGCCCCACUUAUGUGCCACAGAUCAACGCAUCGAAAUAGGGAUCAUGCUGUCAGAUUACCAAGCUCUUGUGUGGUAGGUGACUUGUAAUUUGGGUUGAUCACGUUGGACCUGGAGAAGGACUAUCACAGUUAUGAACGGUGGUUGUGGAACGGAGCAUGCGUUGAAGGAACCAAAUCAUCACCAUUCUCUUGGGGGAAAAGACUUGCGCACGUGUUUACAGCAACACACCCUUUUUCCAGAACAAUUCAGAUCAGCUAACACUGUCUCUUUGACUGAAUCUGUCCAUCCAACUUGACGAACCUGCUUGGAUAUUUGAGCUUUUUAGAACAAUGGUUAUAAGACACGGGGGAAUGAAAAUUGUAAAAGAAAUAAAUACCUAUGAGUUAUUCUAACAUAGUGCCUUCUGGUUCAAGCUCGGGUCACAACACAAGCCAGGUAGAAAAGUUGGAUCUGAAAUUAAGUUGAACGGAAACAUCAAACUGAGGUGACGUGUUGCUGCUCCGUUUAAAUGACACUGUAAACUGCAUUUAACAAUUUUUCAUAUACAUGAAAAGCUGCAUCAAUAGUCGCCCAGAAACUAGUUUUGAUCACUUUUUCCCAUAUAAGGGCAUUUAUCAGAGGCUUACUUUAAAAACAAAAAAUUUUGAUGGGUCUGAUUUAACCAGUGAGCUGCUCAGUAUUUAUGAAUGUGUUGACAUUUCUGAAAUAAAUGUAAACUUUUAAAUCUUAUUAAUACAGACUUGUGUUUCAACACUAUUUGAGGUCUACAGCUACUUUAUAAUCACGGAGGACCACUUGACAUAAGAGAUGCAUGUGGGAAAAAAAAAAAGGUAGUUCACAUGUUUAAUGACAAAUAUUCCCCUAAAAACACACUCUCAGAAUAAAAGGAAAUCACUGAAUCAGAUGUUGGAAAGGCAACCGCAUUUAUCUUUUGCUUUAUAUUCUAUAUUGCAUUAUGGCACUUUUUUUUCCUGACAUUUCUCAUUCUGAAUAAUUGUAUCCAUCUUCCAGUAAUCAUGUGUCGAUGGUCUGUCCUGCCUUACUACCACUUACUGAGCUGCUGUACUGUCAUUUAAUGAUUUCCCCACAGAGUUCUUGGGUGAAGUUGUACUUUUUUUCUUUUUAGUUCUGACACAAUUGGUUUGUAUAACAUGCAGCUAUAGAGCUGUUUUACUUUUCAGGAUAAUGCAUUUGUUGAAACUGAAUUCAUGUAUGAAAUCCCUAUAUCUUUGGAUUUAGUGGGCACAAUGGGGUUCGUUCAAAACUCGAAUGCUCGAUUACUGCAGAUUGAUUGUAGAAUUGAUAAAGCCCCAUUUCGGCACUGUAACAUGUUGCAGCCGUGUCAAAAUGGAGAGGAAAAAAAUGUACUCGUCAUCUGUGUUUGCAAAUUGUUUUGUAUAGUCGUUGCUGGAGUAUCUGCAAAAAACCUUGGAAUCAUGAAGUGGUUGGUGCAAACAAAAUGCGACCAGAGGGCAGCAUGACAUUCUUUUGAAUACAACUUUUUACUUCUCACUGUUUCCCGUCUCUGUCAACUGUAAAAUAAAAGAAGUUAACACUUGGGGCAGUAAGAGGCGAUUCCAAUGUCCUUCCUAACGGCCUGUUUAUAAAGGCAACCAAACUAAAUCCUGUUACCUACAUGUAAGGAUGAACCCGCACCAAAGAACCUGAUGUGCACCUCCUGUGACAGGUGAAACGAACGCGUCGCACAACAUUCCAUGCAAACGUGAUGUGAACGUCAUUUUCCCCUACAAUUGUAUUUAGAUUAUAACACAUUGACUUUCAUCAUAAAUGAGGCUCACCCACACAAAUAGUGGAAAUUCAAGCAGGCUUGUUGUAAAUAUGCUUUAUAUGUGGUAUUUCACAGGAAAUAAAACUACUGGAAGUCAA